UCGCCUCCGAGGCCAUGGAAAAAGGAAAGCCGUUUAAAUUGUUCGUGCCGCCGCGCCUGAGCGGCGGUCAGGUGUCUGCAGUCAAACCCCAGACCAGCUCUCGGGCCGCGGGGCUGUGUCAGGGUUUUAACAAAUGCCCAGAUGAUGAUUUUAAUUCACCUUUUGUAAUGACGAAUACACUGAACCAUGGUGAAAUCACUGAUUCAGAUGCAAUUUCACAGCAAGUAAAACUUUGCUCUGAGAUAGAUGAAGAGAAUAUAGAAACAAUGAAUGAAUUGUAUUCAAAACUCUACAAAGAGGCUGAGAAGAUCAAGCGAUGGAAAGUAACUGUAGAAUCAGAACUAAAGCAAAAGGAAAGAAAAUUGCAAGAAAAUAGAAAGAUUAUUGAAGCACAGCGUAAAGCCAUUCAAGAAUUGCAGUUUGAAAAUGAAAAACUAAGCUUAAAACUGGAAGAUGAGAUAUGUGAAAAUAAAGAUCUUUUAAAAGAAAACAGCACUUCAAGGCAUCUAUGUAACCUACUCAAGGAAACCUGUACUCACUUCACAGAGAAGUCCACCAAAUAUGAACACGAAAGAGAAGAAACAAGACAACUACAUGUGGAACUUAAUAACAACAUUGAAAGAAUGAUAGUGGCAUUUGAAGAGCUUCGUGUGCAAGCAGAGAACACCAGAUUGGAAAUGUGUUUCAAAUUAAAAGAAGAAGCAGAAAGAGUGGACAAGUUUGAAAAAGAAUGCAAACUGGAAGUCAGUAUGAAGGAGAAGCAGAUUUCAGUUCUUACCAUACAGAGUGGUGAAAAAGAUGAUGUAAUAAAAGACCUUAAGACUCAGCUGCAGGAAUCAAAAAAUAAAAUUGCAGACUUAGAAGAAGCAAAAAGACUGGAAGGGGAAAUGUUAAAAGAAUCCAAGCUCAAUCAAGAGUAUUUGAGGGCAGAACUGGAAGAAGCCAAAGUUUCAUUGCAAAAAACAGAGGCUACUCAAAAGAGCUUAGAAACUGAACUGCAGACUGCAGUGGAAACAUUAAUUCAGGUCACUCAGGAGAAAGAAGCACAGAUGGAAGAAUGUAAAGAAACUAAGGCUUUGCAUACAUCCAUGAUAGAAGAGUUCGAGACUUCUACUUCCAAUUUAAAAAGCUUGCUGCAAGAAGAACAAAAUAGAUUGAAGAAAUAUGAAGAAGAGUCAAAACUGCUUACCUUGGAGCUCACAAAUAAGUCUGCUGAGCUGGAAGAGAUGACUAAACUAAAAUGUGACAAAGAAAUGCAACUUGAACAGCUGUCAGAAACACUGGAUAAAGCUGAGGAACUUCUUGGGAAAAAGAAAGAUCUUGAGGCAACUGUUGAAAAUUUGCAGGAGAGAGGAAAAGAAAUGGAAAAUAUUCUUCACAUUAGAGAGAAAGAAACGCAUGAUUUGCAAAUACAGCUGACUAGUAAAGUUGAAAAGGAACAGAGUUACAUAGAACGACUUACGACACUGAAUGCAGAUCUUGAACGAGAGGCGCUAAAGAAUGAGCAACUAACAGUGCAUAUCAACACGCUCUUAUUAGAAAAAGAGCAAAUGGACCAAGAGAAAAGUAAUAUAGCUGCAGAACUCAGGAAACUACAAGAAAUUCAUGAGGGUGAUAGAAAAAAAGAAGAAAAUACAAAGCAGUUAGUAGAUAAUCUGGAAGAAACAAAUAGCCAGCUAAGAAAUGAACUAGAGUCUUUGAAGGAGAAGAUGGCAAAGAAAGGUGAAGAGAUUAAAAGCAAACUGGAUGAAAGUGAAGAAAAUGUAUGCCAUACUAAGAGUAUUGAAAAUGAAAUUUCAAGAAAGGAAAGGCAGUUGAAGAUUCUAGACAAUAAGUUGAAUAAUUUGAAGAAACAGGUGGAAAAUAAAACAAAGUAUAUUGAAGAGCUGCAACAGGAGAACAAGGUGCUGAAAAAGAAAAUGACUGCAGAAAGCAAGAAAACAAGUGUUUAUGAAGGGAAGGUGAAUAAACUACAGCUAGAGAUGGAAAAUAUGAAAAAUCAACAUAAGGAAACAGUUGACAUGUAUAAAAGAGAAAUUGAAGCAAAAAGAGUAACCGAAAAUAAAUUGCUUGAAGAGGUAGAAAAGAUGAAGUUACUUGCUGAUGAAGCAACAAUAACACAGAGAGAAAUGGACAUCCGAUGUCAACACAAGAUAACUGAAAUGAUGGCACUUAUGGAAAAGCACAAACAUGAAUAUGAUAAAAUGGUUGAAGAAAAAGAUACAGAGUUAAAACUAUGUAAGAUAAAAGAGCAAGAGCAGUUGUCAUUGAAAAGAACUUUGGAAAGCGAACUGUCAUGUUUGAAAAGUGAACUGUCAUCCCUUAAGGAGCAGCUUAAAGUAGAAAUUGAAGAGAAGAAAACACAGACUCAUUUUACUGAGACACCUAAACCUCAUUUAGAUCUGGACUGUACAUCUAUUAAUGUAAAAAAAAUAUUGUCUCAAAAUAUUCCUGUAAAAGUCAACAUGACAGAAAGUAAAAAAACAUCUCCUCCAGCACCUGCAAAAAGUCCCUUGGGUAGUCGAUUAUUAAAGACAUAUAUUGUAAAGACUCCCCCAGUACAUAAAAUGCAAAGUGAAAGCACAAAUCUGCUUUCAGAACAGAGGAAAAAGCAAAAAGUGCUUCUGCAGCUGGAUGCUCAGUCAGAUAGCUCUGAACAUAGUGACCUCCUGAGCAUAGUUUCAGAGGAAGAAAUGUUUAAAAAAUUAUACAAAGAUUAUCCACAAGCUUCACAAUUAUAUGCCAUGACACCAAAAAAGAAACCGACUACAUCAAACCUGAAAGCUCCAGGCUCUGCACUGAAACUUACAACUGUGAGAAAAAUGAGAGAGGCUGGGUGGACUGCAGUUUCCAAAAUGGACAGGAAAAGAAAAAUUAAAGAAGCUGAAAAACUCUUUACUUAAAAUAAAAAAAUGACUAGUGCCCAGCAUUAUUUGAUUAGUGCAACCACAGUGUUGUUAUUCUUUGAGAGUUAGUACAUUGUUGCAUUUUUCUGUCUUGUUCAGUAUGUUUAAUACUACAUUAAUUUUCUUUUUACAGAUAAACCUUAUAGACAUGGAACUACUGCAAUCUGUUGAGCAUUUUAAACAUUUCAUUCACUAUACUAUAAAAAGUCUUUUUUGAAAUUAGUCCAAAUAUGAAGAAAGCUGUUUCAAAAAAAAUAAAUCUGGCAUUAGAAAUACUGGCUGUAACAAACUUCAGUUCUGUUAUGUAAAAUUUGCUCUCUUUUUCUUAACAUAUGAUUAACAAAAGGAUAUUAUUUAGUAAAUGAAACGCUCAAGCUGCUAAAAUGCAUGCAUUUUUAUGUGAAAUUGUCUUGCUUUUUCUUUCAUAGUAAAUGUCAGAACUGUCUUUUUAGACUGUUUUGUUUGCAAUAGCUACUACUUCGGUAUGUUAGAACAGUUUUGGAACUUUUAAAAUUGGAUUUUCAAUAGUAUUACGUAGGUAUAAGAAGAUUUCAGCUUCAUUAGGAACAAAAUAUGUACACAUUUUAAGAGUGUAAACACAGUAGUAAGAUGUCAUUACAUUGUUAAUUUGAAGCAUAAACUGUGGAACCAUAUGUUGUUGCUUUAUUUAUUAGAACACAUAUAUAAAUCACCAGACCGCUUUCCUAAGAACUAACAGUUUCUCUCAUGUAAGCAUAAGAAUAGAGUAACAUAUAUUUCUGCAUUAAUCUUUAAUUAAUCUUGGUUCCACAACAACAAAAACCUGCUUCAGAGCCUAAGGAUAACAAGAAAACUGCAGGUACAUCUUAAAAAUAGUAAGAAAAAUAAAAAUCCUGGAUUCAUCUGAAGUUGGUAGCAAAUCAUGUAUUCCAUUAGUUUUCUGCAGCAGUUUUAUGUAUAAGUUAGUAUUUCAGGUUCCUUCUGACUUACCUGUUGAGCAGUGAUAUUCAUAAUAUUUUUUAUGUAUUUAAUUCAUAUUAAAUUACUAUUUACUGAUAAAUAUUUUCC